AAGUUACGCCGCAUAAAGUGUUUGGCGUUUGUUUCCUGACAGACGCUGGUGUUCCUGCCGCUACUGCGAUAAAAACAGCUAUUGUCGGGACAUCUGACGCUCACCACAGAUGGACCAGCAGGCCCAGUCCUACAUGCUUGCCAGUCUGACGCGGCCCCACUCUGAGCAGCUGCUGCAAGGCCUCCAGCUGUUGCGGCAGGACCAUGAGCUGUGCGACAUUGUGCUGCGAGUGGGGGAUGCUAAGAUCCAUGCCCACAAAGUGGUGCUGGCGAGCAUCAGCCCUUACUUCAAGGCCAUGUUCACAGGAAAUCUGUCAGAGAAGGAGACCUCUGAGGUGGAGUUCCAGUGUGUUGAUGAGGCUGCGCUACAAGCCAUCGUUGAGUAUGCCUACACUGGCACAGUAUUCAUCUCACAGGAAACGGUGGAGUCCCUACUGCCAGCUGCUAACCUGCUCCAGGUCAAGCUGGUGCUGAAGGAGUGUUGCUCUUUCCUAGAGAGCCAACUAGAUGCUGGGAACUGUAUAGGCAUCUCUCGCUUCGCUGAGACCUAUGGCUGCCAUGAUCUCUGCCUGGCUGCCACUAAAUUCAUCUGCCAGAAUUUUGAAGAGGUGUGCCAGACAGAGGAGUUUUUUGAGCUGACACGGGCGGAGCUGGAUGAAAUAGUGUCAAAUGAUUGUCUGAAGGUAGUAACCGAAGAGACUGUGUUCUAUGCCCUGGAGUCGUGGAUCAAGUAUGAUGUCACUGAGCGGCAGCAGCACCUGGCUCAGCUACUGCACUGCAUCCGCCUGCCUCUCCUCAGUGUUAAGUUCCUUACCCGCCUCUAUGAGGCAAACCACCUUAUCCGGGAUGACCACGCCUGCAAGCACCUGCUCAACGAGGCUCUCAAAUACCAUUUCAUGCCUGAGCACCGGCUCUCCUACCAGACGGUGUUGUCUACACGGCCACGCUGUGCUCCCAAGGUGCUCCUUGCUGUUGGAGGCAAGGCUGGACUCUUCGCCACCCUCGAGAGCAUGGAGAUGUAUUUCCCUCAGACGGACUCGUGGAUUGGGCUUGCCCCUCUCAGUGUGCCCCGCUAUGAGUUUGGAGUGGCAUUGUUGGACCAGAAGGUGUAUGUGGUGGGUGGCAUUGCCACACACAUGCGACAGGGCAUUAGCUACCGGAGACAUGAGAGUACAGUGGAGAGAUGGGACCCUGACAGCAACACCUGGUCUACAGUGGAGCGCAUGGCAGAGUGUCGCAGCACCCUGGGGGUAGUGGUCUUGGCUGGGGAGCUCUAUGCCCUGGGGGGCUACGACGGCCAGUACUAUCUACAGUCUGUGGAAAAAUAUGUCCCCAAGGUGAAGGAGUGGCAGCCUGUGGCACCCAUGACCAAGUCACGCAGCUGUUUUGCCACCGCUGUGCUGGAUGGCAUGGUCUACGCCAUCGGAGGCUAUGGUCCAGCCCACAUGAACAGUGUGGAGCGGUAUGACCCCAGCAAGGAUGCCUGGGAAAUGGUAGCCCCCAUGGCAGACAAACGGAUCAACUUUGGUGUUGGGGUCAUGCUAGGGUUCAUAUUUGUGGUUGGGGGACACAACGGGGUAUCACACCUGUCCAGCAUUGAGAGGUAUGACCCACACCAGAACCAGUGGACAGCCUGUCGGCCCAUGAAUGAGCCACGUACAGGAGUUGGCUCAGCGAUCGUGGACAACUACCUCUAUGUGGUGGGGGGUCACUCGGGGUCAUCCUACCUGAACACUGUCCAGCGGUACAACCCCAUCACAGACAGCUGGCUGGACUCUAGUGGCAUGAUGUACUGCCGCUGUAACUUUGGGCUGACUGCACUUUGACCCAUGAUACCCCUGGGUAGGACUCCUUAAGAGAAGAGUUGGACGAAAGGCUCCCCCCCCCCCCCCCGUUCAUCUCCAGCAGGCUGAGGGCGGUGCUACACUGCCGUGAAUCCCGGCGAGCGAGCUUGCUGAAUGUGCCCGGCUGGCGACAGGGGACCACCGAGAUGGCCAGAGUGAGAAGAGUCUGGUUUGGGUGGAGGAAGGCGCGGGGCAGAUCACCAUGGAUCUUGUCACAGAGAUGACCACUACUGCUGCUGGACCACAACAAGGACUCUGACAUUUUACAGAGGACUGUGGGAGAAAACUAAGUUUAAAAAAAAAAAAAAAAAGCGUAGACCUGUGUUUAUGCCAUUAUUUCUGUUAAACACUCCAGACUUUUUUUUCUUCUUCCUGCUAUGAGCAGAACAUAUGUUCCAAUUUUCUGGAUCCUUAAAGUUUGUGUGCGUGUGGCGCAGAAUGUCUGUAUGCUUGUGAGUAGAUGCAUGUCAGAUUAAAUGAUUGUUAUUUUGUCUCUGUGUGCUGGACUAAAGCUCAGGUAAGGUGAUUGGCUCACACACUGAGUUUGAAAUGUCUGCACCUAAAUCAGUGCUUCACAAAGAGAAAUUGGAAUCUUUAUAUAUUCACUUACAAGGGCUGCCUUUUUUUCUCUGUAAAUUAAAAGAAAUAGAUAUGAAUAUAUCCUCUAGUGCAUUGCCUGUAAAUGUUUUUUGCACUGGGUUACUAGUGUGUAUUUGAGUUGAAGGAUACGCAAACCCCAAUGAAUUCUCCUGAGAGUACUUGCCACCUAUCUGUUUCAUCCUUGGAGCAAUUCUGAGAUCCCUCAUGUUACAGCUUCUAUUACAUCAUCCUGUGGUAGGGUCACACUUCAUCCCUCUUCAUAAGCAUUCAAAAGUGACCCUGUCCCUCUUCACUGCUGGGUUUGUAUGCUGCUAACUGGUGCUAUAUUCAGGAUUCUCUUAUUUUAUUUGUUCCUCUGUUACUGUUGUAGAUGUUGGUUGUAUACUAAUGUAUAUGCCCCAACUUGACAAGCUCCCAUGCAAUAAAGCAGUGUCUUUACUUUGAGCCCCAUGUUAAAUUGAACUCUUUAGGCAGUCUAUCAAUACAUUACUGAUCUGAUGCUUUCAUUCUUUAUCCCCAGUGAUGCCAUCCGUUAAGCUAUGGUUUGCCUGAAACAUUGUCCCUGCAUUUAAAAAGUAGUACAUCUGGCUGCCCGCUAUCACUGCCAGUUUCCUUACAAAGAAAGUCUGUGAUUGUUGUGCUCUAAUGGGUUAGGAACAAGCCUCUUGUUUAGCAUGUGAGUGAUCCCUACACCCUCUCUGCUUGCUUGCCACCUCUCUGCUGAAGCAUGUGUGAGGAGCUGCAUGUGGCCAUGGCCUUCCUGACGAGCUCAGGGAAGAGUGCAUAUACACAGCCUCAUGAGACGUGCCAAAAUAUGCUUUCACAAGUCUGGUGUAACUUUCCCACCUUACAUACAGAGCUACAAAUAGCUUUCCUCUGUGUGCCAGAAUCAAAGGGUUAUUUUCACUGCUAAUGUAUGGUACGUGUGACAUACCGCCCAGCUGUCAUAUGGAGGGGUGGAUGCGGUGUUGUCUCUGUCAAGGGAAAUUGUCAGUCACAAAGUCUUUGACAGACCAAGGGCAUGGGGACAGAGCUCAAAGGGCCCCCCCCCCCCCCCCAGAAGGCUGCAGGCUGAGUCUGAGUGUUGUAGCUUUGGGUCACUCUAAAGGGCAGGUAACAUGAGGCAAUAGAGAGAACUAAUGUGAUGUGUAAACCUCAAGAAUCCCUGUUGGUUCAGAAUGAAAGAGUUGUUUACUUGUAUUGUACAUUAUAGAUGUUAGCACAUGUGGAAAACUUAAAUGGAGCUCUGCAUUGCACUUACCAAAUUAUUUGAUCGAUUUAGGUUAAUGGCAUUUAGACAAUGCAAUAUUGUUUUAAGUGGAUACAAUUUUUGCUUUGAAUUUGGCUUCCUCAAAGUCGAGGUGUCUCAUUGCUGUGAUGUUAUCACAUGUGACAUGUCUGUCUGUUCACAUGUUUAUCUUGUCUGAUGAAAGACCACUGUUAUUCAAACCUCUGUUUUCCUCAUCCCACUUUGCAUGGUGUGCUCUUGUCUUUGGGAACAUUUCCAAUGUUGUGCCUGUCAGUUCACAUGUACUAGGAAAAGUUUGCAGACAAAUGCAUUGUGUACUCCAGUAAAAAUACCAGUUAUUGUUUAGCAUUUUUCACAAGUAAUGUAAGAUUGGCACAAGACUUUGACUGUGUAUGGGUCUUGCUCUAAGCCAGGGGUGUCAAACUCAUUCCACGGAGGGCCUUGUGUCUGCAGGUUUUUGGUCUUUCCUUUCAAUAAAGCCCUAGACAACCAGGUGUGGGGAGUUCCUAACUAAUUAGUGAUGUUAAUUCAUCAAUCAAGUACAAGGGUGGAGCGAAAACCCGCAGACACUCGGCCCUCCAUGGAAUGAGUUUGACACCUGUGCUCUAAGCCAUUUUAUCGGUCUCACCAGAGAGCAGCCGUGCAGUUACAGUACUGCAGUUUUGUGUGUUCUUCCAUUUAACACACUUGUCAGUUGUGGUUACAAAUGACAGUACACUUUAGCUCUUACCCUGUAACUUUACCUUGGACUAUUUAGUCUUGCUCUAGCAAUAAGAGGCCGAGUACGAGCUUGUCCAAACAAGCGUGAGUUCUUCACUUGAGGACUCUUUUUCAAAAUACUUCAUUUAUUUUUGGUUGAGUCUUAGGGGUAGUUAAAUUGGAUUUCAAGGUGUCAUAAUUAGAUGGCUGCUGCUGUUUUUUUCUCAUCCUGGAAUAGUGGGCUUUAUCAUUUCACACUGGAAACAUCUCCAGAAAUCCAGUCAUUUUCUUUCUCCAUGUUUUUUUAAAGACGCCAUUAAGUUGUCACGGGAUGAAAGUAAAUGGUGAGCCAUUUUAACCUGCAUGACUGUACAGCUCCUAUUCUAAAUGCAUACUAUUUAUCUGCAUAACUAUGAAAUGAUUCUGUAAUUUCUUUGGAUUUUACUCAUUUGGAAUAAUGUGAAUGCAAAUCUAACAUUGCAAACAAGCAAUUAGGUGAAAUUUUAUAUCCUUGGAAAAUCCUAAGAUAGACAAACAGUGCAUUAUUUGGGGGUGAAUAAAUGGCCAUUUCAUAGUUCAAAAGGAUCUAAUACUUUCUUUUAAACAUUUGCCAUUUAUUGAAUAUUUUUUCCAUUUAGAUUGUGUGUACUUUUUAACUCUUGAUGUUAGGUAAAUGAGGCAUUUGUCUAUCCACAACAGGCUGGCAGGAUGAGCCUGAACAUCAGAACAGUGAAAAUCACGCAGGCGUGAUUGUCUGCGGCUACCAUCUAUUGUCAAGCAUUUGUUACACUAGCAUGUAUAGAGAGGUUAUCCUUGUGUGGAUAUUGAAAACCACAAUGUUAGGGAUGUAUUUUUACUGACUUAUUUACUGCGUUGGAGGGAAAACUCUUGGUCAUACGUGGAAUCUGAAAACGUCAAACUGCAAAAUGAAGGGAUGUAUAAAUGUGUGUGAUAUUUAUUUACUUAUUUAUCAUAGCCUAACCAUGUCUUGUUUUGACACCUUUCACCAAAGUGCUUGUUUUAAAGAAUGCAGAGGGAGUACUAAUAUCAAGUCUGGAAAAGACUCACUGCUAUCUCGUGUCUAAAAAAAUAAAAAUAAUUGAAACCGAUGUCAAUGUUAGCCAAAUGAACACUGCUUCAUUUACAUUUCCCAUGAGAGUGUCUGAAGGUGAUAUUUUUGAAUGGUAUAUCCUGUGGAUUAUUACUGGAACUACAAGAACCCUGCUGUAGAAGCUGUAUUUCCCCCACAUUUUAUCAUGCUUUGAACAUACAUUUUAGCCAGUUUAUUUAUUUGGUGCAAUUGUACUGUUAAAAUUAAUAAAUGCCUGCCUUAAAGGUA